AUGUCCAUAUCAUGUCUCUUGUAUAUGCUGCUGAAUCAUUCGUUUACUAAUGCACAGAUUUUGCCAAUUAACCUUUGGGAGUAUUCACCGUUCAAAACAUUAAGCAGCCAUUCUGUUUUCUAUGGUUACUACUAUAACGGGGAAUAUCAAGAUAUUGACAUUGACAACGAGCUUGGAUAUACCCCACUGUCCCCUUCAAGCAGCGCUCAUUUCAGUGUAGACUGGAAGACAAAUAGAUUAAGUGGUCAAACUAACAGUGAGGAGUCUGACAAAGACGACACAGAUAACGACAUCCAUUGGAUUGAUGAAAGGAUGAACUUGAUGUUCACUCAGAUACGUUUCAUGAAACCAGGUACACAAAUAUGUAUUGCUGUUUACCUCGUAAUCUAA